AUGGCCCUGCUCAAGGACAGCAGGGACUGCACCAUGAACUCUGCAGCAUGCCUGAGUGCCAGCACAGUGGCUGCCCUCACCAUCAAUGGCAGCAACUCAGCCCUAAGUGCCUGCAGCAACAAUACCAGUACCUGUCAACGUUCCAGGACCAAGGAAGCUCAGCUAUGCUUCCCAAAGAAUCAGGACAAAGUGAAGAGGAGAGUCAUCUGGGGUAUCGAGGUCGUGGAGGAGCUUCACUGGAAGGGCUGGGAGCUGGGGAAGGAGAUGACCAAGAACCUGGCUUUGAAAAACCUAUCCUUGAAAAUUCAGAAGAUCAAGUAUAGGCCUCCCAAGACAAAGUUCUUCUUCACGGUUAUCCCUCAGCCCAUCUUACUGAGCCCGGGCAUUACCCUCACUCUUCCCAUCUUCUUCCGGCCUCUGGAGGAGAAGGAAUACAAGGACCAGCUGUGGUUUGAGAAAGCAGAGGGGAUGUUCUGUGUGGACCUGAGGGCCAUGCUGCCUUGUCACAAGCUGACCUGCCCACCGUCCCUGAAGCUACCCACGUGUGCUGUGGGAGACACGGUCGAGGCCUCGUUCUGCCUGGAUAAUGUGGGGGACCUGCCCACCUUCUUCACCUGGGAGUUUUCCAGCCCAUUCCAAAUGCUGCCCACCACGGGACUGCUGGAGUCAGGCCAGACCUGCCAGGUCAAGGUGACCUUCCAGCCUGUGAUGGCUGUCAUCUAUGAGGUACAGGCCAUGUGCUGGUUCGGGGACAGCAGCAAGCAGAAGACCAGCAUCCAGCUGCAGGCUGUGGCCAAGUGCGCCCAGCUGCUGGUGAGCAUCAAACAGAAGCGGCCAGAGGACCAGGACACUGAGGGCUGCCAGAAGGUGUUACACUUUGGCUUUGUCCCUGUGGGCUGCACCGCCCAGAGGCAGAUCAAGCUGUAUAACCCAUCAGUGGUGAGUGCCCCCUUCCGGAUUGAAGUGGCCUCAGACAUGUUGGUCAAAGACCAGGCUUUCUCAUGCCACACAGCCCAUGGCAUCGUGCCCCCUGGAGAGAAGAAGUAUGUGUCUGUGUUUUUCCACCCCGAGACCUUGGACGUCAGAACUAUGGACUACAUCUCAAUCAUGCCCUCCGGCUGUGCCUCACAAACCCUGCUCAAAGUUGUUGGUUACUGUAGAGGUCCAGCUGUGUCCCUACAACACAACUGCAUCAACUUCAGCUUGAUUACCCUGGGGGCACGUGCUGAGAAGCCCUUAUGGAUUGAGAACAAGGCAGACUGCACAGCCUACUUUCAGUUUGCUAUCGACUGCCAGGAGAGUGUCUUCAGCAUCAGGCCUGCCUUUGGGACGCUGAGGGGCAAGGCCCGCAUGACCCUGUACUGUGCCUUUCAGCCCACUAACCCCAUCAUCUACUUCCGGAGAGUGGCCUGUCUCAUCCACCACCAGGAUCCAGUUUUCCUGGACCUGCUCGGGACCUGUCAUUCGGACAAUGAUAAGCCAGUCAGCCUAAGGCCCCAGCACCUCACUUGGUACCGCACACACCUGGCACGGGGCCUGACGCUCUAUCCUCCCGACAUCCUGGGCAGCAUGCUGAAGGACAAUAAGUUGGAGCAGGAUAAGAAUGGGGCUCUCAUGAUCCCCAACGAGGACCUGGAGAACAAGCCACCCCAACAGUACCCUGCCAUUCCUCCCAUGACUGAGUACUUCUGUGACGGCACCAGAGACAUGACCGUGUUCCCCCCACCUGUCAGCAUAGAGCCCUUGGAGGUGGACUUUGGUGCCUGUCCCAAGCCUAAGACCCCCAGCCCCGUGCCCCUGUACCUGGUAAACCACACUAAGGGCAAGAUCACCGUGAUCUGGACACGUAGGCCUGACUGUCCCUUCUGGGUGAGCCCAGUCACCUGCGAUGUGCCCCCGCUCAAGUCCACUGCCCUACGCCUGCACUUCCAGCCACCACACCCCAACUGCCUGUACUCAGUGGAGCUGGAAGCCUUUGCUGUCUAUAAGGUCCUACGGAACUACAGUAACAUAGAGGUGGACUGCACAGUGUGCCCAUCCUGGUGCCUGACACUGCGGGCUCAAGGCCACAGCUAUUAUGCUGACUCCGAGCAUCACAUCCCCCAAUACUCCCUGGAUGCCCCCAAGCUGUUUCCUGCCGUACCUCCCGGGGAGCCCUCCUACCGCAGUCUGCUCCUCCUCAACAAAGGCCCCAUGUUACUGACCUUCAGUCUGGUCCCCAAAAGCAGCCCAGAUGUCAUCCUGCGACCCAGCUCAGGUCUAGUGGCCCCUGGAGCCCACCAGAUCUUCCUUAUCUGCACUUACCCCAAGGGUAACUCCUGGAAGCAGCACCUUUUCUACCUGCAGUUCAACUCCUGCCCCCAGUAUCUCAAGGAGGUGAGCUUGCUGAGCCGCGAGGAGCCACUGCAGCUAAGGCUGGAUACUUGUCAGACCGUCUUCUUCAAGCCCACCUGGGUGGGCAGCUCCUCCACCAGUCCCGUUACCCUGAGUAAUCCCUCACGUCUGCCCUUGGAGUUCGAAUGGAGGGUCUCUGAGCAGAACUGCAAGAUGCUGGCUGUCCAGCCUGCCCGCAGUCUCAUCCAACCCAAUGAGAACAUUACCCUGACGUGGAUCUUCAGUCCUUUGGAAGAGAUGAAGUACCUGUUCCGAGUGGGGAUGUGGGUCUGGGAAGCAGGCCUGCCCCCAGACACCAAGCCCCGUACCACCACCCACUACAUGCUGCGGUUGGUGGGCUUGGGCAUCACCAGCAGCCUCUCUGCGAAGGAGCAGGAGCUGGACUUCGGGAGCGUCCAGGUGAACAGCAAGCAGUCCACACUGCUGGUGCUGCUGAACAAUGGCAACUGCACCGUGUAUUACCGCCUGUUCCUGGAGCAGUCCAGCCCUGAGGUCGUCAGCAACGAUGCCCUUGAUCUGCAGCUGGAACGGACAGAGGGGAGCAUGCCACCCUGGUCCCAGGACAACAUCAACCUGAUUGCCUGCCCCAAGCAGCAGGCCCAGUACUCCUGGACCAUCAGCUACUUGCUUCUCUCCCACCGAGAUAAGAAGGUAGGGGAGAAGCAGGAGCUAUGUCGGAUCUCUCUGACUGCCGUGUAUCCACUACUCUCCAUCCUGGACAUCUGCGCUAUGGGCAGUGCUGAGGGCAUUGCACGGAAGCAUCUGUGGCGCCUCUUCUCCCUGGACAUGCUCAACAGUUACCUGCAGCGCAGCCCUACCCCCUGGGAGCUCACCUACAAGGUGCCCACCCGGCACAGCACAAGCCAGAUCCCCCCGGUCUUCACCCCUUUGAAGCUGGACUUUAAUUUUGGAGCUGCGCCACUUGAGGCUCCGCCCUCUGUGGUGCUCUUGGCCCUGAAGAACACCGGGGUGGUGCCCUUGGACUGGGCCUUCCUGUUUCCAAGUGACCAGCAGAUCAACCUGGAGCUGUGGGCAGAGCAAGCAGAGUUUAACUGCGCUGAGCUACACCAAAUGCGUGUGCAGGACAACUGCCUUUUCUCCAUCAGCCCCAAGGCCGGGAGCCUGAGUCCUGGGCAGGAACAAGUGGUGGAGUUCAAAUAUAGCCACAUGUUCAUUGGCACGGAUCGUCUCCCGGUGCUCUUCAAGGUGUCCCAUGGCCGGGAGAUCCUGCUCAAUUUCAUAGGUGUAACAGUGGAGCUGGGGAAGAAGUAUGUGCACUUCACCUCCACUAACCACCAGUUUGUCCCUGUCCCCAUCGGUGACACGCUGCCCCCACGACAGAUUUAUGAGCUGUACAAUGGGGGCUCUGUGCCUGUGACAUAUGAGAUCCAGACCGAUAUCCUGUCACAGAUUCAGGCCCAAAACUUCGAUCACCCCAUCUUCUGCUGCCUUAAUCCCCAAGGCGAGAUUCAGCCAGGUACAACCGCUCAGGUCUUGUGGAUCUUCUCACCCAUUGAGGCCAAGACCUACACGGUGGACGUGCCCAUACAUAUCCUGGGAUGGAACUCGGCCCUCAUCCACUUCCAGGGAGUAGGCUAUGAUCCCCAUAUCAUGGGGGACACAGCUCCGUUCCACAACAUCUCCUCAUUGGACAACAACUCUACAUACUCUAGACUGAUGAUUCCUGGACAGACUGUCUUCCUGUCACAGUCCUCUAUCUCCCUGGGAAACAUCCCUGUGCAGAGCAAGUGUAGCCGUCUGCUGUUCCUCAACAAUAUCUCCAAGAAUGGGGCAAUUGUAUUUUCUUGGCAGCUGAAACCUCUAGACUUCGGGGAGGUAUCUGUGAGUCCCAGAGUAGGGGAGGUUGCUCCCGAAGAGACGGUCCCAUUUGUGGUGACCCUGAAGACUUCGGUACAUGCCAGCUUCUACAGUGUGGACCUGGUAUGUAAGGUGUACCAGCAGCAACUCCUGAGGAGGUACCAUAAGGAACUACGGGAAUGGAAGGAGGAGAAGGCACGACAGGAAGUAGAAUUCACCAUCACAGAUAGGAAACCGAAGAGAAGGGUAUAUUGCACAACCUGUGGACCAAUGAGGAAGUACAAGACGCUGCCCCCCAUCAAGAACCAGCAGUCUUCCAACCGGCCUGCCAGCUGGAACCUGCAUAUCCCCAAGGAGCAGUCAUCCUGGCCGUGCCCCGAGCCACCUCCACCAGACAUGCUCUGCCUGAGCCUCACUGCCCGUGCUCAUGCCACGGAUUCCUUUCUGGCCAACUUCUUCUCAGAGUUUCCCUGCUACUUCCUGCACAGGGAAGAACCAAAGAAGACGCCUCCUGGGAAGGAGCCAGAGAUUUCUAAGGACGAAUUCACCUACGACAACUGGGCCACUGUCUCCAAGCAAGAGAAGCUGCUGCUGAUUGAUUGUCUCACCACCAUCAUCCGGGGUCUGUUAGAGGACAAAAACUUCCAUGAAGCCAUUAAUCAAAGUCUGGUGGAACAGGUGCCAUAUUUCUGCCAGUUCUGGAAUGAGCAGUCAGCCAAGUUCAUGGCCAGAAAGAGCAGCCUGCGUUUAGUACCAGUCCUGUCUCCACCUCCCAAAACCUGGGAAGAAGGAACAGCCAAGGAACUGGAGGAGUUCAAACUGAAGUUGAGGAAAAGAGAAGUUGGGGAAGAGGAAGAGCAAAAGGAAGAGGAAGAGGAACAAGAGGAAGAGGAAGAAGAGGAGGAGGAAGAAGAGGAAGAGGAGAUGGAAGAAGAAGAGGAGAUGGACAAAGAGGAAAUGGAAGAGAGGGAGAUGGAGGAGAAGGAAGAAAAGCUGACCUGGAUAAAGAUCGAGCCCAUGCUGCAUUCUGGGUCCCAAGAGACCCUGCAGUGGAACUUUCAGCAGCAGCUGAAGGUCAUAAUGAAGGAGGAACAGGAGCAAGAUGAGAAGGAGGCCAUCUCUCGACUCCCGGCCUUCGCCAACCUGCAGGAGGCGCUGCUGGAGAACCUGAUUCAGAAUAUCCUGGUGGAAGCUAGCCGUGGGGAAGUGGUGCUCACCUCGAGGCCGCGCGUCAUUGCCCUGCCGCCGCUCAACGUGCCCAGAAUAACUCCGCCGCUGCUGCAAAUACCCCCAGUGCAGCAACAGCAAGUGGAGGCGCCUCGCCUGACUGGUCCACACACCAUCGACUAUUCGCGGACGCCGGAGCCCAGCCCUUCGGACUUUCCCUCUUAG